UCACUUCCCAAACCAUGGCUACUAUCAAUCUCCAUGGCUGGCCAGAACCCAUUGUACCAGUACAAGUCCUUUCCAACUCUGAUAUGCGUACUGUGCCACAACAAUACAUCAAACCACCAUCUGAGCGUCCUAGCGGUAGCAUGACUAGCACGAAUGAUCCUAAUCUGAGCAUCCCAAUUAUUGAUCUUUCCGGCUUCUCCGAUAUCCCUGGGCAUCGCCAAGUGGUGCUAGAAGCUGUUGGUGAUGCAUGCAGGAAUUGGGGAUUCUUCCAAGUAGUGAAUCAUGGUGUGGAUAUCGAAGCUGUGAAGAGGAUGAGAGGAACAUGGAGGGAGUUCUUUGACCUCCCAAUGGAAGAGAAAAAGCUGUAUGCAAACUCACCAGUGACAUAUGAGGGCUAUGGAAGCCGCCUUGGAGUUGAGAAAGGGGCAAUCUUGGAUUGGAAUGACUAUUACUUUCUAAACCUCUUACCAAAUAAUAUGAAGAACCUAGAGAAGUGGCCAAAGAUGCCUUGUCACCUGAGGGAGGUCACCGAGAAGUAUACAUGUGAACUGAUGAAUCUCUGUGAAAUAUUGCUCAAGGCUAUAUCAAGCACCUUAGGAUUAGAUGAGGACUACUUUCAUAUGGCUUUUGGUGGAAGUGACGGCAUCUCAGCAAGCAUGCGCGUGAACUACUAUCCAAAGUGCCCACAGCCUGAUCUCACUCUUGGCCUCUCCUCUCACUCUGAUCCCGGUGGUAUCACCUUGCUCCUUGUUGAUGAUAACGUCAAGGGGACACAAGUGCGCAAGGGGAACACAUGGGUCACGGUGCAGCCGAUCCCACGAGCCUUCGUUGUGAAUGUUGGAGAUCAAAUUCAGAUUCUGAGCAACGGCACGUACAAGAGCGUGGAGCACCGGGCGCUGGCCAACUCCGGCGACGACCGCCUCACCAUCGCCUUCUUCUGCAACCCUCGCGGCGACCUCCCCAUUGCACCCGCGGCGCAGCUGGUGGUCCCGGAGUCGCCCGCGGUGUACGGGCAGCCGGCCAUCACGUUCGACGAGUACCGCAAGUACGUGCGCACCAAGGGCGCCCGCGGUAGGGCGCAGGUGGAGUCCCUCUCCCUCCGCAGCAGCAGCAGCAGCAGCAGCAGCAGCGCGCCGGCCAUCAAGCUGCAGGAUGAUCUCAAGGCAGCAGCAGAUGAAUAAGCUGCUCGAUCAGCUAAUUGAUCUGUAUAUCCCAAGUAUAUAUUGUGUACGUACAAAUGCAAGCAUGCAUGCUUGUCCAUCAUAUCGGUCGAUGUUUGUGAUUCCAGAAUAACUAGCAAGCCUGCAGGCAGUCUGUUAGGUUACACCUACUAGUAAUGUAAUCGGUGUGUAUGAAUUUCAGAUGUGGUACGUGUUUGUCAGUGAGCAACGUGUAUGGACAUGCACGAGUAUUCAAUAAUCGUGCAUGCAUGGUGUGAU